AUGUAUUCGCUCGGCUCUUCGCUCAGCAUCAACGAGCAUUACUCAGCAAGAUAUCGGGCUCCGCUGAGUCGACAGAGUACGGUGGAGGAGACGGUGCCGUUCGACAUUUUCCGGUCAAAUGCGAUUGAUAAGGUUGGUGAAAAAAACAAAAAAAAAUACAAAAAAUAAAUAAAAAUAAAAAAAUAGGUAAGAGUACCUUAUUUUGGCCACAACUUAUAACUUUGCGGAAACUGUUCGGAAUUAGCCCAAAUUUAGCGUGCACGCUCAAUUCAUCGUUGUCAAUGCCCGGACAGUGGAUUUAGUUAGUGAGGUACUUCUUUUUUACGUACCACCUUACCCUUCAAAAGCGGCUGCAGCCUGUGAUUUUACAAUUUAUACGAUGAAACAUGUCCGGAACUAAACUUAUUGCCUCCGUAUGGAACUAAAUGAGUCGUCACAGCCUUCGUAGGUACCCUUAAAACUACAGAGCUAUUAUAGUAAUUCAGUGCAAGCUAGGUCGAAGCAUUUUUUUCUAACUUUAGUGCCCAAGCUUGGGCGCAGUUCGCGGAGUACCUUUGUUGUGGCCAAAAUAAGGAACUUUUUCCAAAAAAUAAAAAUAAAAAAAAAAUGAAAAAAUAAAAAGAUAAAAUAAUAAUGAAAAGAUCUCUGAACUCUUCCUCAAGCCUUCAGCAUUACAAAUGAGCAGCCAAAAGUUGCAAAGCAUAAGUAUAAAAUUGAAUAUUUACACAUCCAAAAAUUCGGAUUUUCCCUAAAGUAUUGUCUGAGUUUGUUUUUGAAUAUUAAUGUGAUCCGUUGUUCAUAGAGACGGAUUUCCGACUCAUAGCGAAAAUGAGGCCUGGUCUAUGGAUACGUCAUAUUUAAAAUAAGAUCUCUAGUUCCAAGCCAGUGGCUAGCGUAAAAAAAGUUUCACGGGGUAACAUAUAGGGCUGUGAUUGGCAAAAGUUUUGCGGCAACCCAAAUUUUUGUUUAUCGGAAAGUUCACAAAAAUGUGUCAAAAAAAGCAAAAUGAAUUGAAAUUUUAUUUCCUACUGUGAAAUGUACCAUUUUGCAUCCGGGAAGUAUCAAAAAAAUGUGGCAAAAUGCUUCCCUCUCCAACUAAAAAGCCCCUUUUGAAGGCCUCGCCAUUUCCCUCACAAAAAGAGCGGGCGGGCUUUUGAAAUCGGAGUUUUCUCAGUUGGAAGGAGGUAUUUUUUGCUACAUUUUUGAUACUUCCUGGAUUUAAAAUGGCACGGUUUUUGCAUUGGAUCAGGUCCGCCCCUGUAUUGGGUAAUCCCUAAUAGAGAUUUGCAACUUUUCUUACCACCUUGUAAAUGUACGCCCAUUACUUUUUCUAUCAGUCCGUCGGGAAAAUAAUGAGCAUUCUGUCGAAAAUCGCAUCGCCGCCGAGAAAAUGAAUCGUGUCGCCGCAGGAUUAAAUUGCUCUUCGCUUCAACGACGCGAUCGGCGACGCGGCAUUGCGCUCAUUAUUUUCCCGACAGUCUGAUAUUUGGUGACUUAUACAACUGAUGACAAUGAGGUCAUGCAGUGAUGCGGCGAUUAGCUGACGGGAUGCUUUUUCUUUGUGCUCUAAUGUGCUCUCCAUGACUCAAGGCGCUCAAAAUUUAUCCCCUUGACCUUGCCGGCUUACUUCUUCGUUGUUCUUGAUUUUUAUAAUAAAUGGUUAGCUGCCAGUUACUAGUCCAGUAAAGUCGCUGGGAUGAUGUUCGCGACAUUUGUGCGAAAACAAAAGUUUUCUUUGCACUUUUUAAAACACGAUUUUUGAGUCACUGCGUCAGCCAGAAGUGGGGAAAAAAUCGAUUUUGAGAUUUUUGUCUUAAAAUAGUCGGUAGCACUUGUGGAAGAAAAGCUAAAAAUAUUUUUGCCCAAUUAGGCCCGGAAGGCAUAUUUUUUUACAAAAUACGUUUUUAUACUUCAAGGCCUCUGGAGGCCGAUGUGAUCCGAACACAAAGAUGAAACCUGGCAUACAGGGGUUUUUGACACCCAGGAAUCUGAAAAUCGUAGCCUUUUACCGUCAGAUUACUGUAACAUGGUCACACUGUAAUCCGGUCGAUAAAAAUCGACCAUAACUUCUUUAGACCGCUGGUGCCCCGACUCAGAAAUCGUGUUUUAAAGUAUUGUUUUUUGCGCCAUGCAGCAGGUUUUUUGGGUUGCCGCCCGCACCUCGACUUUUGCACAGACAAAGCCAAAAAUCGCUCCAGCUACUUUUCGCAUGGCCUGCUUGUAAAACAAAAUUCUAUUUACUAUACAUAAUAUAAUAUGGUAUACACUAGCUAACCCUUCGAUAAAAGCGUGUUAAAAGUUCUUUUGGAAGACUACCGGCGCAGUCUCACGUCUGUGAUGUCAUGCACGACAUGCACAUGUUCGUCCUGACCCCGGCGCCAAUUAUUUCGUGUAGUACGACGCUUUCCCGGUUGUCGUGCGACAUUUUCAAUUUUCGUUUGGUAUGCCCUAAAUUUUGGUUGCAUUUAGAUGAAAGUUGGGCGAAUGGAGAAAGUCAUUAGAGAGCGACAGGUAAGUGGUUUGAGAAGCGUGUAAUGAAUGAAUUCCUGGCUUCUUAGAAGCACUGUUUUUCGUAGCUUUUGUGCUUAUAAGAGAAAGAACUGUCUGUCGGGAAAAUAAUGAGCGUAAUGUUGAAGUGAAAAGCAAUUUGGUUUUUUUUUCCAAAAAUUAAUUUUCUCGGCGGCGAUGCGAUUUUCAACGCGAAAUAAGGCUCAUUAUUUUCCCGACAGACUGGUUCUUCAAUUACAAAGAAGCGUGGCAAAUUUUGGACGUUAUUUUUUCGAACAAGAGACUUAUUUGAGCCUGCUAGCUCAGGAUUAGCAGGGCAACCACAAAUCGAUCCCUUUCCUUGUUAGAUUAAGAAAUAAUUCCAGUUUUCGGUAAGCCGGCUGCCAGUCCGUCUGGAAAAUAAUGUGGAUUCGUCGCGCCUUCGGCCGCGGUUGAAGAUUGGAUGCGCGACUGAGACAUUUUGCUGCCGUUGAUCCACAUUAUUUUCCCGCCAGACUAAUAUACAGGGUCUUACAAAAAACGCGAAGGAAAGUCGGAGGCUAUAACUUCCGGCGGAGACGGCGCAGAGGCUUCGUUUUUGGAAUAUGUAUUUUUAAGCAACCUUUAUUUUUGUCCAUAAAAUAACAAAAUUUUAAAGCGCAAACUGAGGUCGGUACGACCAUCUGAACUAGCCCGUUUGAAAGGCCGCUAGAGCGAUUUUCUCGCGACAUGCACUGUACUUUCCAAACAAACAAAUAGGAAACAACCAAAAAUUUUAAAAAACUUAGCUAUAAUAUUGCUUACAAGGGAAGUACUCCAAGUGCGACGUUCAGAUUUUCUUUAAAUUUUGCACACACGUCGGGUGUGGACUGAAUACCAAUUACUGAAAGUUUUAGCUCGCGAUUUGAAAACGCCGCCGAAAUAUCGAACGAUUUUUCUCCGCCGAGAGAGCACGAUAAACGUGGAGAGCGGUCAGAGAGAAAAACGCUUUUUGGCCAUAACUUUGGCAGUUUCGAGCGGAAAAAAUUGAUUUUUUGUAGAAACAUUAUCCUUUGCGGCAGAAAUAGGCAUGAAACUUUUCGUGCCGAAAUUCGGCAAAAAGUCCUAAAUUUUGGCCGACAUUCAAUCUAAAAAUCUCGGUUGUUUCUGCAAAGCGCGAGCUAGGAUUCUCGCAUAUAUCUUAGAAAAAGUUGUUCUAAAUUUGUGCCAAGUUUCAUCAAAAUCUGAGCGUCGCACUUGGAGUACUUCCCCUGUUAGUAAAGGUUCAUGCGGCCUCUAAUUUUUCCCGAAUUGAAGGCGAGUGCUCACCUUCAAUUCCAAGGUAAUUGCGUACGAAAAUAUAGUCGAAUGAUGUCUGACACGCAUUAAUUACCUGUAAUUCCCAUUAUUCUUCGUCCUCACUCUAUUUGUAAUCAGGUAAUAACAGAAUGUUAUUACCUGAUUACAAAUGUACGUCAUGCUAUGGAUAUUAUCAUGGAUUAGAAGCGACUAAAGUGUUUUUGAUGUACUUGAUAGAAUAUAAAGUGGCGUAAAGUUUAUGUGGAAGAUACUAUGACAUUGCUUUGGACAGGUUUUUCUGCCGUGCUAGAUUUUUUGAGGCUGUUAUCAGUCUGUCGGGAAAAUAAUGAACGCAAUGUCGCUGCGCCAAUCGCGUCGCUGAAGUGGAGAAAAAAUUGAUUUUUCCGCGAAAAUAAUGAUUUUCUUGGCGGCGAUGCGACUUUCGAUGCGACAGAGUGCUUAUUAUUUUCCCGACAAACAGAUACUACUAUCUACAAUCAAAAAUUAAAUUUCAAGGUCUAAAACGAAAUUUUUUGCGCUCUAACGGUAGUUUACAUGAGCAGUUUUCAUAUACCUUAUGACAAACGCUAUUUAUAGCAACAAUAAUAAUAAUCUUUACCUGUCUAAUGACAGGUGUGGAACUGGCUUUUAAAACGUUUUCUAGACUACUUGCGACUGUUUUGUUUUUUUAUGAUGCCAGACGCUAAGCUCCAAUUUAUUCGUUUCCGGCUUUGAAGUUUAUCUCCCACCCUUGAUGUCCACGGAUUUUUGGGCUUUCGAGCGGGGGGUUUUUCAACGUGAUGUCUUUGUAAGGAGAUUUUUUGGGUGGAACUUGGGAUGAAUUGAAGACAUUGUUUUCUAGCAAUAAGACGGGUUCCGAAGUUUUGAGCAGCACGGAAGUCACUGAGAUUUAUUUUGGACUAAAUUCAUAUAUCAAUUUGUCGGGAAAAUAAUGAGCAAUAUGAUGGAUCGAAAAUUGUAUCGCCGAGAAAAUGAAUUGUGUCGCGGCGAAAUCAAAUUUCUUUUCAUUUCAGCAACACGCUUAGCGAAGCGACAUUGCGCUCACUACAGGGUGUUUCAAGAAACGUGAAGGAAAGUCGGAGGCCAUAAUUUUCGGCGGACUCCACGUAGAGACGUGGUUUUUGCAAUAUGCGGUUUUAAGCGACAUUAAUGUUUGUCUAUUUAAAAUGCAAACUGAGGGCGCUACGAACUUUUGAAGAAGGGUCCUUUUACUUAUGGCCUCCGACUUUCCUUCACGUUUCUUGAAAGACCCUUUAUUUUCAUUACAGACUGAUACUGCUCGGGGCAAAGUGUCCUGAGAAUUUACCGCGGCCAUAAAUUCCGGCACAUAUUGGAAAAAAAUAUUUUUUUUGCCUUUUGAUUUGUCGCUGCAAAAAAUGCAAAAGGCGCGCGACGUACGGCAAAAAAACAAAUUCGGAGUACAUAGUUUCCGAACAGAUUUUCAAUUUUUCGCCCUUUUUUGGCUGAAAAAACGCUGAGCCCUUUGGUUGAGUAUGCAACACGCAAGUUUGUACUUUUAGGGAUAUACAUCCCUAUAUACGGCCUAGAUGGAGGUUGCAUAUAAGAAAUUAGCCGCAAAUCAUAGACUUGCACAUCGAGCUAGCCGUUUACUAGUCCGUCGUGAAAAUAAUGAGCACUCUGUCGCUGCGCCGAUCACGUCGCUGAAAUGAAAAUCAAUUUGAUUUUGUCGCGACACAAUUUAUUUUCUCGGCGAAGCGAUUUUCGAUGCGACAGAAUGCUCAUAAUUUUCCCGACAGACUGAUAUUCGGGGUUUUAUGGUUUUUUUACUCUGUUUUAUCUCAUAGAAUAGCUGUGUUGAGACCUAAAUGUUCUUACCCCCCACACUUUUAACCUCGACCAAUUUUCCCUUCAUUCCCAGGUCCGCAUGCCCUCCGGGGCAUUCCAUAUUUAGCAUUUUUUUGUCACCGGACCGGUCUCUCCGCCAGUAAUGAGGCGGAUUAGCCGCCCUAAAACCGCGCUCGACUGACAAGUAAAACAAGUCAGUUGGAGUUGGUUUACACUUUUCGAAAAAUGUUUGUCACCCGGCUUCGGCUUUGAAUGGCAACAAAGUUUUCGGAAAUUGCGUUCAAAAUGCUGUAACAAAAUGUAUUUUGAGUAAUGGUAUCAUGCGAAAGCUUUUUAUGCACGAAAGGUCUCAAGACAGAGAACGUUUUUUGGGCCAUCAAAAUUAUUAGAAUUCCGUUUGGGGAAUGUGGGAAUUAGGCUUUACUAUGACAUUUUUUUGUUGUGAACGACGCGGAGUCUGGGUUUUUAACACUCCCGAGAGUUUUGUUUUUUUGGAUUUGCUAAAUUUACUAUUUUACUAUCAGUCUGUCGGGAAAAUAAUGAGUAAUCUGACGCAUCGAAAAUCGUGUCGCCGCCGAGAAAAUGAAUUGUAUCGCGACAAAAUCAAAUUGCUUUUCACUUCACGAUUGGCUCAGCGACAUAGUGCUCAUUAUUUCCCCGACAGGCUAGUAAAGGGCUAGCAGGGAAAAAGAAAUUUUAUUUUGUCGCGACACAAUUCAUUUUCUCGGUGGCGAUGCGAUUUUUGAUGCGAGAGAAUGCUCAUUAUUUUCCCGACAGACUGAUAGUACUUUUCAUAAAGUGCAUGGACAUUUGUUCUCUUUCGCACAGCGUAUUUUGAAGAUUUUCCCACACUCAUCGCCAACGCACAGUGCAUUUUUAUCUUUUUUCUUUUCGCACAGUGCAAACCAAAAAAUGUGCGUUUGCACUGUGAAAAUUCAAAGUCUCGGCGACACAUUUCAAAAAAGCUCGCAUAACUUUCGAAAAAGUGUAGUAAGGAUCAGAGAUUGCAACGGUCAAAAUUUCGGCUCCGGCUCCGGCUCUUGGCUCCCACAGCCGGAGCCGAGGCCAAAUUUGCAGCUCCGGCUCCGGCUCCGGCUCUUGGCUCCGUGCAAAAUUUAAAAAGGCCGUCGGCUCCGAAUCCCGGCUCCUAUGCAAAAUGUUUUUUAAGAAUAUUUUUCCGAAAAUAAAAGUUAUUAGUGCCAGAGAUCAUACAGCCAACGUUUUUGCAACCAAGUUGUAUGCAACACAUCCUUCCCAGUAUUUUUCAAGCAAUUUGGUUUAACAAAAUCACGAAAUUUUUACUUUUCUGACCGCUGGGAAGCCUGGCUCCGACUUUGGACUCGGGAGCCGGAGCCAACCCCAAAAUUUCCGGCUCCGGCUCUGGCUCCCGGCUCGGAGCCGGAGCCAAGAGCUGGAGCCAAGAGCCGGCUCCGGAGCCGUGGCAAUCUCUGGUAAGGAUCUUCAAGGUGUUAACGCAUCUUCUUUAUCGAGUUUUAAAGGCGGGUCGUCACAGCAAAAUGUUUCGCCUCGUCGAAAAAGGGUGCCGUUGCGCAACAAAUUUCCAGCUGCGGCUUAUCGUCGCAAUGCGAUGAUGGGCAAUUCCAACGUUAUCUUUCCGAUAGACUGAUAUCGAGUUUUCUGGGAAAAUGGUGAGAAAGAUGUUGCGGGGAGAUAGGUGUAGAAACUAAUCUAAUCCCUUAUUAUACAUACUAGUAAUAUCUUUCAUUUGACCCUGCGGAAAUCUCUUUUUUCUGUUUGUAGUUGAAAAAACCAAGGUUUUCCCAGGGUUCUUUUGUGAUGCUGAAAACUUUUAAAAUUUCUCAAAGUGCGGCUGAUACAUUUUUAUCAGUCUGUCGGGAAAAUAAUGAGCUCAAUGUCACUGCACCAAUCGCGUCGCUAAAGUGAAAAAAAAAUUUUUUUGUUUUUUCGCGACAAAAUUCAUUUUUUUCUGAAUGCUCUUUACUUUCCCGACAGACCGAGAUUCACCAUUUUGUGUCAUGACUUUGUGUCUUCAAACUUCGCCCACUCACUGAAAUACGUUCUUACCUUUUUUUCGGCAAUUCCUACAGCCAUCCCAGGUGUUCAUUACUCGCCCAUUCAGGCCCAUAAUCUCCACUUUAUUGAAUACGGCGAAAUCCCAGCGGAGAGUCGGCUUCAAACUACUUCAAAGAAGUAAUAUACUUGUACAAUAUGUUCGUGGACUCGAAUGUUUUUGCUGCACUUAACAUUCCAAUUUUUACAGAGUGAAAUACUACUAUUGCUACGGUAAUUGAGGCUCUAUUACGGCGGUGACGCCGGUUGCUAGCGAUUUGUUGAGCUUGGAACGGCUUGUAAAUGGGUUAAAGGCCUUUUUUAACGCAAAAAAAUUCGCUAAAUUUGCUUAAAAUUUCUCCAAGUCUCUCUGUAAAAAUUUUUCAAAUUCUUGACUACCUACUAUACUACGGAAAUCACUAAAACUCUAGCGAUGAGUAUCUCGGUCAGCUCGAUUAUGAGCGUCGUUCCGGACCGCCUGCGGCGGCGGAUCCGAAGAGAGGAGGAGGAAGAGUUCAAAAGCGAAGAGUUGAUUCUAAAAGAGCGAAUUCAGAUGUUCGACGCCAGAUUCCGCAAUCUUCGCGAACGGAAAGCAGCGAAACCGACGCUGAAAGGGAAGGUCUACAAUUUCCUGGAGCGACCCACCGGUUGGAAGUGCUUCAUCUACCAUUUUAGGUGAGCUUGUAUCUACAUUAUAAUGUCAUGAGUGUGUCGGGAAAAUAAUGAGCACUCUGCCGCUGCACCGAUCGCGUCGCUGAAAUGAAAAGAAAUUUAAUUUUUCAGCGACAAUAUUGAUUUUCUCGGCGGCGAUGCGAUUUUCGAAGCGACAGAGUGCUCAUUAUUUUCCCGACAGACUGACACUACUCGAAAAGGCCUUAGAAUUUUCGGCGUGCCAGAGUAGAAGAAAGGUACUGAUAAUACAGUGGGGGACCUGAUCCAGUGGCAAAAAACGUACCAUUCUGCAUCCGGGAAGCAUCAAAAAUGUGGCAAAAUGACUCCCUCUCCAAGUGAAAAAACUCCGAUUUCAAAAGCUUUUUUUUGUAGGAAAAGGGAGUGCUUUUUAAAACGGGGUUUUUUUAGUUAGAAAGGGAGGCAUUCUGCUUCGUUUUUGAUACUUCCCGGAUGCAAAACGGUACGUUUUUCGCCACUGGAUCAGAUCCUUCACUGUCGUUCAUCGUUUCAUAAAGUUGAGCUUCGCUGUAGGAAGGUCCAAAAAUUGACUAUGUAUACCGUCAAAUACGUUUGUUAUCAACAGGCUUUAUUGUACAGAAGUUUAUCUCUGCUAGUCUGUUUGAAAAAUCACUGGAAUGAUUUUCCAGUGAUUUUUUUGGCGUUUGCAGUGAAAGCCUAUUGUACGGCGUAAAAAGCAAAAAAAUUGCACAGUGCAAGGUGAACUUUUGUUUUUUGCACAGUGCAUGUCGCGGAAAUCACCCCAGCGACUUUAGGGACGGUCACUGGAGAGAGGAACUUCUGCUCGACGAAGACUCUUGAUAACAAACGAAUUCAUAGGUGGAAAUAGUCAAUUUUGGACCUUCGUAUAGCGAAUAGCCUGUUUACUAGUUUGUCGGGAAAAUAAUGAGCAGAAUUUCGCAUCCAAAAUUGUAUUGCUGAAGUGAAAAAAAUGAUUUUGCGGCGAUUAAUUUUCUCGGCGGCGAUACGAUUUUGGAUGCGACAGAGUGCUCAUUAUUUUCCAGACAGACUGAUAUCACAAAUUCAGAGGUGGCAAGAGUAUAUUUUUAGACCUCUUAUAGUGAAGCCCGUCCAUAAUGAAUACAUUAUUUGCUCUUCUUUGAUCCCUUGUUUGACUGUAAUCGGAUUACAAUUUUUUAUUUUUUCAGCGUCUUCACUCUUGUUCUGUUAUGCCUUAUCCUCAGCGUCCUCUCCACAGUCGAAACUUAUACAAAACGAGCUGGAGAGGUCUUAUUUUUCAUGGUAAGAAAACCCAGCUUAUCCUUAAAAGCCAACAAAUUUUCCAGGAGAUUUUCCUCGUUGUUUUCUUUGGCCUUGAAUAUUGUGUUCGCCUGUGGUCGGCGGGCUGUCGGUCCAAAUAUCUCGGCUUCUUCGGACGACUAAAGUUCGCAAAGAAGCCAAUUUCGAUUAUUGGUAAGUGCGAAAAAUUGUGAAGACAUACAUGUAUGAUAUGCAUAUACGAUAUGUGUAUAAUUACAAUCUCUUUUCAGACCUCUGCGUUGUCAUUGCGAGUAUUGUGGUGAUUGCCGUUGGAAGCGAGGGAAAGGUUUUCGCGACCAGCGCAAUUCGGUGAGUUUUGCGUUGAGUUUUAUUGCUCUAUGAACGACAGUGAAGGACCUGAUUCAGUGGCGAAAAACGUACAGUUUUGCAUCCGGGAAGUAUCAAAAAGGCAGCAAAAUGCCUCCCUUUCUAACUAAAAAAACCCCGUUUUAAAAAGCACUCCCUUUUCCUACAAAAAAAGCUUUUGGAAUCGGAGUUUUUUCACUUGGAGAGGGAGUCAUUUUGCUACAUUUUUGAUGCUUCCCGGAUGCAGAAUGGUACGUUUUCUGCCACUGGAUCAGGUCCCCCACUGUAUUAUCAGUACCUUUCUUUUACUCUGGCGCGCAGAAAAAUCUAAACGCUUUUCAAGUGGUAUCAGUCUGUCGGGAAAAUAAUGAGCACCCUGUCGCAUCGAAAAUCGCAUCGCCGCCGAGAAAAUGAAUUGCGUCGCUGUAAAAUCAACUUGAUUUUCAUUUCAGCGGUAAAAUUUUGGAUGCGAAAUUAUGCUCAUUAUUUUCCCGACAGACUCACACACAAAGUUCCAUCGAUAAAAACAAGAACGCUGCAGUUUUUCAAACGUGCCUAGACUCGUUUUCUUGCGUGCACAGUGCCCUUUGCCUCUUCUUUUUGCACAAGGUAUGAAAUAGGGAUUUUUUACGGUGCGAUCCCGUAAAAAAAUUAAAAAAAAAAAUCUACGCACUUUUGAAAAAAACACAGUAAAUUUUGCACCGGGUCCGCCACAAAUCCGGGCCCUUUAGACGACGUCAGUUCCCUGUCUAUUCAACGACCUAUGUUUUCGUCAUUACUACGUGCGGCAAUAAUAUAAUAAUAUUAUAUAAUAGUACUUUAGGCAAAUUUUGCUCCAACAAUGAACCAUGUCUGUCAAAAUUUUGUUUGUAUUAUUAUUUCAUAUUAUGCCAAAAAGUUAUCGCGCCUCGACUUUUCGGGUUGACACAAAAUCGAUCGAUACGGGGCGUAGGGCAAAGGGAUGCCCAAAAAAAGGUUGUAGAAAGUGCCUACGAGGCAAAUAGGCGAUAAGCUCUCCUAAGACCAAUCAAUCUUGUUAUUUCUAUUAACAUAGCCUUUUCCCCCUACUAGUCGUUCCAGAAAGUGCGUAGAUUUUUUGAACGACUAGUAGCAUCUCCCAUGAUAUAAACGAUUUUUUUCACAUUUUUGGCAAGAAAAAGCUGUCAUUCUUUCGCUGGUGAAUUGAUUUUAGCUUUUAUUUUUCAGUGGUGUCCGAUUUCUCCAAAUCCUUCGGAUGCUUCAUGUCGACCGUCAAGGCGGAACCUGGCGCCUUCUCGGCUCUGUCGUCUUCAUUCACAGACAAGAGCUCAUCACAACUCUUUACAUCGGCUUCCUUGGCCUCAUCUUCUCCUCGUAUUUUGUCUAUCUGGCCGAAAAGGAUACAGUGGGGCCGGAUGGGAAGGUGGCCUUCACCAGCUAUGCUGAUGCGCUUUGGUGGGGUGUGGUAUGUUAUCAAAGUCACUUUUUAGUUGUAAUUUUUUGAUAUUUCAGAUCACAAUGACAACCAUUGGAUAUGGCGAUGUGGUCCCGCAGACAUGGAUUGGGAGAAUUGUGGCUUCUUGUUUCGCGAUUUUCGCGAUCUCAUUCUUUGCGUUGCCGGCCGUAAGUUGGAGUUUCAGCUAUAUAGAUUGUGGGGGCUUAAUAUUGAGGUAGAAGCUCCGCGGAUUGGCCAAUACCCCAAAUAUCGAAAGUCUUGGGAAAGUGGAGAAUUUUAUUUUCCCGAAAGAUGACAAGAAUUUUUUAACAAGGAAAGUACUUUUAUGGGGUCGAGACAUAUAUGAAAAAGACAGCUAAUUUUUACAUAUUUCGAAGCAGAAACAUUUUGCAAUUUUUUUGAUAUGUAGAUCGACCUGUAACUCCAUGCCACAUAGAACUACUUUCCGUGUAAAGUAGACCUGCUCCAUCACAUGGCUAUAGUCGUAUUAAACGCUGGGGGAAUUUGGGACCAUUCCCUUGUCAUGUCCACACGCUUACUAGAAACGUAGUUGACAAGACAGCAGAGAGAGAAACGGCUCUAUGCUCUCCUGAUUUUCCAUGUUUUUUGCGAUACCACUUGAAUAUUUUCAAAAAUGCCCGCCAAGGGCGAGCUGGCGUGUUUAGAAAUCGAUGAUAAACCAGAAAUCAGUCUGUCGGGAAAAUAAUGAGCGCAAUUUCGUUGCGCUAGUCGCUUCGCUGAAGUGACGAACACCUUGAUUUUGUCGCGUCUCAAUUCAUUUUGAAGCGAUUUUCCCGGACGGAGUGUUCAUUAUUUUCCUGACAGGUUGAUAGGCACACUUUUGAAGCAAUAAUCUUCUCACUUCCUUCUUUAUAAUACCUUUUAUUUCCAGGGUAUUCUCGGCUCGGGUUUUGCCCUAAAAGUCCAACAAAAACAGCGACAAAAGCACUUCAAUCGGCAAAUCCCCGCCGCCGCAACCCUCAUCCAAUGCAUGUGGCGCUGCUACGCCGCCGACAAACACAGCAAAUCCGUUGCGACUUGGCGCAUCCACGUCGACCCAAACGCGAAUAAAAAGAAGGAGGAAAAAGAGAGUUCACCGCCCCAGGCAAACGCCAAUUCCAAGAAUCAAGGCCAGCUAAUUCAAAGGGGCGCCAAGAAACCCAACUCCGUGGCCGCGAUGUGGAAAUCGAAGGCUGCGUUCCAAAAGUAGGUGAUUUCGUUGAGUGGGAGUGAAUACGGGUCAGUUGCAGAGGCAGACUGCGGUCGGCUGGGUCGACGGAGGAGCCAAAGUUGAAGGAGAGCGAUGGGGAAGGCGAGAAUAUGGAUUCACCACCGAAUAGACGUAAGAUAACCCUCCAAAUUUGCAUGAAGAUCAGUGUGGAAGACCGAAAUUUUCUUGAAGAAAGCCUGUUUAUGAUUUUUAAAGGGAAAUAUCAGUCUGUCGGGAAAAUAAUGAGCAGUCCGAGAAAAUGAAUUUUGUCGUGAGAAAAUGAAAUUUUUUUUUACUUCAACGAAGCGAUUGGUACAGUGACAUUAGGCUCAUUAUUUUACUACAGACUUACCGGAAAUACGACACUUAUUGUUAGAUUUUGGGGGAAAUCUGGAAAAAACAACGACUACUUUUUUUCUGAGGCCUUGGCUUUUGCAAUGCUCUCAACAACAUUUUCACUAUGUUGGAAAAAUAAUAAGCACUCUGUGGCAUCGAUAAAUACUACAUUUUUCCGAGGCCUAUGAGAUUUUUUAGCCUGCGAUUCACAAAAAACCGGGAUAUUUGCGCCAAGAAUGCAUAUAAAGACGAUAUAAUCUUUUCAAGAUCAAAAAAAACAAAAAAAAAACAAUUGGCAUUCUGUAUCUCAUGUAGCACACAACGCGUUGCAACGUUCAAGAAAAUAAUUUUUCCAUUCAAAAAUCGUAAACAUAUGUAUGUCUAAAAAUGGACUUUCGACCGCUUGCUAUCCUCAUUUUCUAUGUUCCCUCGUCUGUCGGGAAAAUAAUGAGCAUAAUGUCGCUGCGGUAAUCGCGUUGCUGAAGUGAAAAAAAUUGAUUUUCUCGAUUCAUUUUCUCGGCGGUAAUGCGAUUUUCGAAGCGACAGAGUGCUCAUUAUUUUCCCGACAGACUGAUAGAUUACUAUUGCUAAACCCAAAAAAAAAAUCGUUGAUCUGAAUGUCGGACCUUCCCAGUUAUUUUUCAAACCCAUUUCUGAAUUUUCAGUCCGCUGCAACCCUCGCAAGAAGAGUUCGCUGUUCGAUUCGAAGAGUGAGGACGCCGACAACAACGAAGAGGAGACCAGUCCGUUGAAGCGGGUUGCGCAUAUUUGCGAACUGACCGACGUACAUAAAAAUGCAAUAAGAGCGAUUCGAAAAAUCAAAUACUUUGUGGCCAGACGGAAGUUUGGGCGAGCCAGGAAACCCUACGAUGUUAGGGACGUCAUAGAGCAAUACAGUCAAGGACACGCCGAGCUGUUCGUUCGGAUCAAAGGGCUUCAACGAAGGUAAGAUAUUAGCAAUUUUUCCCCGUGACGAAAAAGUCUACCCACUUUAUGAAUAUAUGAUAUUUUUUCCAAUUUAUGGGUAAAAGUUCCUUAUUUUGGCCACAACUUAUAACCUUGCGGAAACUGGUCGGAAUUAGCCCAAAUUUAGCGUGCACGCUCAAUUCGUCGUUAUCAAUGCCCGGACAGUGGAUUUAGUUAGUGAGAUACCUUCUUUUUUACGUACCACCUUACCCUUCAAAAACGGCUGCAGCCUGUGAUUUUACACUUUAUACGAUGAAACAUGUCCGGAACUAAACUUAUUGCCUCCGUAUGGAACUAAAUGAGUCGUCACAGCCCUUUAGGUACCCUUAAAACUAUAGAGCUAUUAUAGUAAUUCAGUGCCAGCUGGUCGAAGCGUUUUUUUCUAACUUUAGUGCCCAAGCUUGGGCGCAGUUCGCGGAGUACCUUUGUUGUGGCCAAAAUAAGGAACUUUUUCCAAUUUAUGCACAGUAGUUGAUUGAUAAAUUGCAUGUUUUGCAAUAUUUAUCUCCCAUUCCCCUUCUUAUCUCAUUUUUUUGGCAAGUGCUUUGAGAUGAACUCCCAAACAAGGUCAUAUGUUAUUUCUUUGUUUGUAAAAUGAGACUAGACUGGCGGAAGGUUCAAAGUCUCCAGCGUUUAAUGCGAAAAUGCACUGUUCUUUGAAGCUUAAAUUUGGAGGAAAUGUUGGAGGGGACAAAAAACAUCUUCAGCUUUCGCCUUUCAGCUAACGAGACAUUAAAGUCUGUCGGGAAAAUAAUGAAGACAGUGUCGUUGUGCCGAUCGCUGAAGUGAAAAGCAAUUUGAUUUUCCAGCGACACAAUUCGUUUUUUCGGCGGCGAUGCGAUUUUCGAUGCGACAGAGUGCUCAUUAUUUUCCCGACAGACUAAAAAAGCUUUUUUUUCUAUCUGUCCGGGAAAUUAAAAAAAAAAUCUGGCCGUCGCACAAAAAGCUUGUCGCACGGCGACGAUUACUAUUUCCAUUUUCACAAAGUGCCUGGACAUUUAUCGCAAUCCGCGCCGUGCACAAAAAUCCUCCAUUUUGCACCGCGCACUCACCUUUUUUUUGGUUUUGCACUGUGCAUUUGAAAAAUCGCUGCGACGUAAGCUUUUCUCAACUGCGCCGCCGCGGCUGUGCUCAAAAAUGUGCACAGUGCAAUCGGUUUUUUUGAGGUUUGUUUUUUUUUUGCGACUCUGCACUGUGCAUUUUGUGCGAUAAUCCCCAAAAAACAUUUUGCACCGUGCAUCGGCCAAAAAAGUGCUUUUGCACAGUGCAAUUUUGUUGUUUUGCCUGUCGCGCGCGAUUCCCAUUUUUAGUUGCGACAAAUCGAUUUUUCGAAGUGCGACGGGAUUUGGGGCUUGCGCGGCAAGCCGUCGCAAAGCGAUGAUGGGCGAUUCCAAGGCGCGACGAAUCCACAUUAUUUUCCCGACAGGCCGAUAAGCCUCUGGGAUCCAUUUUUUAUCAGUCUGUCGGGAAAAUAACGGCGGAUCGUCGCGCCUCGGAAUCGCCCAUCAUCGCUUUUCCACUGCAAGCCGCGGCUGGGGAUUUGGUGCGCGAUAGCGGCGAGGCGAGACAUUUUGCUGCGACGAUCCGCCGUUAUUUUUCCGACAGCCUGAUACUCACUGAUUCCUCUUUUUCAGGCUAGACCAGACGCUCGGAAAGCCGGGCCAAAACCUGAACGGCCGCAAAUCCCACGCGUACUCCAUUAUCGGCCGCCUCACCAAGUUGGAGAUGCAGAUGAACAACGUGGACAGGAAAAUCGACAACAUGACCCGAAUCAUGCAUGGGAUUUAUCGUGCGGUCCAACAGGACCGGAUAUCUUUGCGCUCCUCCACUCCCGAGCCGUACGCCAAUCAGAAUCGGUCGGAUUCGGUUUCGUUGAGCGUCAGUGAAGCCUUGACGCCGAACGUUGGGUCGCAGCCGAGGUUCAUUGGAGACUGA